AUGGUGCGCGUGCCCGGAUCUUCGGAAGACGCGGGAUUUCACCGUGAGUCCCACGAAGAAGAAAAGACAUCGGUCAAGAUAGACCAAGGGACAACCAAGACACUGGAAACCGGAUCGCCAGUGAUCAAGAGGGAAGAAGGAUCGGAGGACCUGCAGAGCCCGGGAAGGAGCUCUGCUAUUGAGGUCAAGGUGGAAUAUGAAGAAAAACCACAAAGUCCUCUCCCUUAUGUCUUCGUUGAAGAAGACAACAUGGGCCAUAAUAAAUAUUAUGGUCCAGGGGUCCCAAGUUUGACAGCGAAAGCUAAAAAACAAGGGACCCCGAAAAAAGUCUCCCAACCUACCACUCAAGAGCCAAAGGUGCCCAAGAACAAGCAAAAAAAGCAGAAACAUACCAAGUUGAAGGCACCGAGAGGCGGAGACACGAAGGACGAGUCGGGAGAGAGCCAAGGCGUGGCUAGCAAGGACUGGACAGAAGAAAAUUUGGAAGAAGCCUACCAUCGGAAUAAAUUGAAGAAGUUUCUUCGAAAGGACCCGGUGAUGAAGGCGCUCAAGGUCAAGCUUCUGGACCAGGUCCACGGUCCGAUAACGGCUCUUCCCACCACGACCACAGACCUGGAGGUCCUCAAGGCCGUAAUGAAUAUGCUACAUGAAGCUGGGAUGGAUGCUGGGAACUUCACCGCUGAGACCCUCUUCGAUUUCGGGUUCGAGACCUUGAAGAAGACCUUAGUGACCCUGCAUGGUCACCUCAAGACGUUAGUGGGGGAGUUCCUCCCAAAGGAAGUACCUCGUCAAGAUGGAGGAGUAGUGGAUCCUGGUGUGGGCUCUCCUUCUGCGUCACUCGGUGAAUCGUCACCAAGGUCUCAAUACGAAUCAGCCACCUCAUCUAUGAUGUCGGCCCUGAUGGAUACGGUGGACCGAAUGCAACUGGGUCCAGCUGGUGCAGCGUUGUUAGAAGCACGAAUUCGCGAAACUGGCCAUAUGGACACAGCAACCCCAUGGGUCCAGCGCCAAGCACAGGAGGAGACGGAAGCCCGGUGCAAAGUGGAGCCAAGCGCCCUCCAGUCGUACUUUGAUAAGGCGAUGACCAAGUUCCUUGAAGAGCAAGGCUCCACAAAAGAUGCAGUGGACAGGGGAUACACCACGAAGGGUCAAGGACCAGUUCAUCCCAGGUCCUCCCAGCGAAUUGAGCGCCUAAGACCACUAGGCGAUAUCCCUGAUGUGGACAUGGAGUCUGUGGGGUCAACCCAUGAUGAAUACGAUCCAGAUGAUUUGACGUUCCCGAUGAUUUCAGCGCGAGCGACUGUGGCCGCGGCUACGGCAGGAGGACCCCCUACUGUUGUUCCACACAUUAGGGUAUCGGCCUCGUCGGAUCUGAAGGAAUUUAGCGGAAGGGACCACGAUGAAGAUCGUGCCAGAAGCUGGAGCACUAAGGUAAAGACGGCUUUCCUCCGAGACCAGGCACCAGACAGCGAGAAGUGUCUCAUUUUUGGGUCCCUGCUCACAGGUCCAGCUCAUAAUUGGUAUCGACAGCUAGGUCGAACAGUGCGCGUUGAUUGGAAACUGCUGCUGCGAGAGUUCCAAGCACAACUUUGCGGCUUGGGGGUGGCCAAGCUAGAUAUUAAGGGUGGACCCCCCAGUGUAAAGCGUGAACACGUGGACCAUUACGUGGAAACCUUGGAUGAUCGAGAAUUAGCGGACCAGCUUACAUUGCUCCGACUUUUUUAUGCAGAUGACCUGGAGGAAGUCCUUCUGGCUCGUCAGAGAGCGAAGACGCGUCAAAAAAGGAUCUUGUUCGGGUCCAGCAAGUUUCGCCAGAAGGCCCCAACCACUCCAGACCACACCAAGAGUCAGCUGAGAAGACCCGUCCAAGUCAUCCGAGCCACUUCUGAAAGUGAAAAUGACCAAGGGUCCAGCUCCAGUGGGUCCGAGGGAGAAGGUGACCUCAGAAGAAUUUACGCGGCGGCGAGUAAACCUUACACUGGUAGGGCGAGGAACGCAGAUGACCCCCGGGAUCAUCAGGACCCAGACCCAGACCGAGGUCGACGCAUGGCAGAGGGACCUGGACAAAAGGUGGUCCCAUGGUCACCCGUGACAAAGUGUACUCAUUGUGGAUCUAGGAAGCAUGUGGAUCUGGAAUGUUGGAAGCGACUCGUUUGCGAGUGCUGUGGAAAGAAGGGUCACCCAGCCGACCACUGCCUGUCUGUGUGUCGCGGUUGCGGCAAGGUUCAUGACGUCGGCAAGUGCCCGAUGGAAGAGUUCUACAACUUGAUUCGACAGUGA